AUGGCUAAUAUGUUUAUAGUAGAGCAAUGCCCAGAGGGCUAUCCACGACUAGCAGCACUUCUCGACUGUGACGAGAACUUUAUGUUGUAUCGACGGUUUGGAUUUCUGCAGGCUCGAAUCCUCCUAAACAAGCAAGAUGAGUUAAGAGAACUUGAAAAAGAUCUCGAUCGCAUGGAUAAAGUAGACGAGAGGAAAGAUCCAGAAGUUUUGCGUUCUCGAGAAAAGGAUGCUGCAUUAAGCGAACGUCGGAAGAAUCUUCUCUAUAACGUUGAGCAGAAGUUUAAGGAAUACUCACAGCUUCUGGCUGCGACCCGCGAUAUUGCAAGCUUCAACCGACCCCCUGAUCGAGACUACCUAAGCGUCAAGAGCUACUUUGAGGAAGAAUCUCCUUUGUGUAGCGUCGAAGGCUAUAUAUAUUACAAAGAAGAUAUCAUUACACUUAAACCGGGGCGCGAAAAUGCUUGGCUGGAUGCAUUUGUUGAGAAGGUUCUGCAGAAAUUGUCGUGUAGAUUUACUGGGGUAUGUACCGAAACUUUGUUCAGGCAAAACAUCAUUUUCACUGACUGCGACCUCCAUCGGAAGACUAAUCCUGAAGCAACUGGAAUUAUACUGUACAACCGGGCUUCCAUCGAAUUUGUUGUAUCUGUAAUCAUCAUCGCGAUGAUUUUGACCUUAUUGAUUGUUCCCGUUUAUGUUCUCUGGCAUAUGACUCGCAUUACUCAAACCGGAAGAACUACUUCAAUCAUAAUGGGUGUACUCCUCGUUGCUACACUCAUAUUUUCGGCCGCACUUUCUCUGUUCACUCGAGCAAAAAGGCAGGAGAUUCUAGCAGCUGCUGCCGCCUACUGUGCCAUUCUCGUAGUAUUUAUUGGGAACGUUGGGCAGUUCUCCCCAGCAAAAAGUGGCUAA